AUAGUGUUCAGUUGUAGAAAUGGCAGCGCUGAGACAGGAGCAUCGGUAUGGGCUCUCCUGUGGCAAAAUCAACAAAAACACCCCGAAUCAAACUCUGUAUCACGUCAAACUCACUGACACUGCCAUCCGGACCCUCGAAGCCUACCAGAACCUGAAGGCAUCACUAUCAAAUCAGCCAGCGAUUUGCUUCAAGGGGAGCCAGGGGUACGUGAAGAUCCCAGCACCAACCCCUGAAUCUCCGGAUGGAUUCAGAGUCUUCUCAUUCUACCUUUCCAGUGACAGCAAAGACAAGCCUCAGUCCAGCUUUGACUGCAUUCACCAGUAUGUCUCAGGGGAGGGCAGGGAUCACCUGGAGGGCCAGGGUAGCAUUCAGGACAAGAUCACAGUUUGUGCCACAGAUGAUUCCUACCAGACGACCCGGGAGCGCAUGUCUCAGGUGGAGAAGGACAUCUGGAGCCGCUCAGCAAUUGAGAUCAAGCCGGGGCCAAGUAAGUGCGUGAAGGUCCAGAGGAAGCAGGGUCUGGUAUCAGGCUCAGAUAGCAGCAACAAGCACUCCCCCAGCAACAAGAGGAGCCUGGUUCCCAGCCCUGUGGCACACCGACCCUUGAGAGAUCGCAUCAUUCAUCUCCUGGCCUUAAAGCCCUACAGGAAACCUGAGCUGCUACUGUGGUUGGAGAGGGAGCGGGCCAGUCCAAAGGACAAGGCUGACCUGACCUCAGUACUGGAUGAGGUUGGUAAACUGAACUCUAAAGACCACAGCUACUCUCUGAAGGAUGAGCUCUACAGACACGUCCAGAGAGACUGGCCGGGAUAUUUAGAGGAGGAGAAGCAACUCAUCCACAGGCUCUUGAUUAGGAAACUUCAGCCACUCCACAGUAGCCAGUUGAAGAGUCCCCAAUCCAACCAUUCAUUCCACAAAACUCCCGGGGACUCUCCAGCACAUCUCAGUCCUGCCAAGAAUCUCUCUGUGAAACGCCCGUUGCCCUCGGACCCUUCCAACUUUCAGACCCCUAAAAAACAAAGACUAUUAGACCAGUGUUUGCCUCAGCAGUCACCGUCUCAUGGAGACUGUGGCACCAACGGUCGCAGCUCCUCCAGUCUUGGAAACUCUAGAGUACAGAUCAAACUGGAGUUUGACAAAACCAACAAUCAUCUCCAGGGGAGCCCACAUGGUCUGUACUCACCGCACAAACUCACUGGGUCAUCUACUGUUCCCAAACUGGAGAGCACGGAGCCAGCUCCUACUGCACCCAGCCCUAAGCCGCCACACACUGACACAUCCAUUUGCACUGACCAACCUUUCACCAAUGGCCAACACAAGAAGAAGAGGUCCAAGAAGCACAAAGACAAAGAACGAGAGCGCUUAAAACCAGACUGGAUUGAGACAAGUCCAGACUUGAAGCAGAACAGAGAAAAUCUCAAAGACCAUGAGGGAGAGAAAACACCUGUCAAUCGAACCUCAGCAGAGGAACUGCCUGACUAUUUAAUAAAAUACAGCACCAUAACAGCACUGGAGCAGCGUCAACAGUAUAAGGACGACUUCUGUGCCGAGUACGAUGAAUACAGAGCUCUUCAUGACCGGAUUGGGGCUAUCACAGAGAUGUUUGUUCAGUUGGGCUCAAAGAUCAACACUCUCUCCCCGGGAACACAAGAGUACAAGCUUAUGGAGGACCAAAUACUACAAAAGUACAAAAAGUAUAAGAAAAAGUUUCCUGGAUAUCGGGAAGAGAAGAAGCGAUGCGAGUACCUCCAUCUCAAACUGUCGCAUAUCAAAGGCCUGAUCACACAUUACGACCAAGCGCAGGGACUCUCAUAGUAACCUGCCUCUGCCCUCAGCAGGGUGUAACAAAACUGGACCAAAAGACUCCUGAUGGACCCAAAGACUGCCCAGCUGAGUCCUGGAGUCGCUGAGACACUAAUCACUUUACUCCUCCGAGUGUUAAUGGAAUUGAGGAGCGAGGUUAUUUUUUUCAAAAGUGGGCUGAGACCACCGACUUGUGAUCAAAUGUUGCCCUUUAAAGUUAUGGGUUUCGACUAUGAUUAUCGCUGUAAUGGCUGGAUUCUGUUCUGCUGUAAAAUCGUCCGAUGACAUAGUGAAAGCCAAAUCCAUUUCUCUGAAAUGCAAAGCAGAUGUGAUCCUUUCUGCUGUAUUGCAUUUUUAUUCUAUCCUUUAUCUUAUCAGAACUUAAAAAAACAUUGAUUUAUUUAAAAAAAGUAUUAAAUUGAUGGUACAAUCAAUCUUAACGGGAAACAAAUGCUACUUAAGUCUUUAUAUUUAACAUACAGAGGAAUCUGUUUAUUUGCUCUUUACUGAUAGAACAUAAACGUAUUCAGUCACAACAAUUAAUCAUUAGUUGCAGUAAUGACGAUAAUAAAGUCACACCAAUAAUUUGUUAUCAUGGUCUUCAGACCACAUGCAUACAAAAUUUUAUCAUCCCUACAAAGCCUAUAUUUCUGCAGAACGAAGACCCUACAGAGGUGCAUCUCAGUGUAUCACUAAAAUGAUCCCAAAAUGAAGUUUAAAACAUUAUACACAAGGUUAUUUUGGCUUUCAUUAUAAAGAAUUUUACCAUGUAGCUUUCUGCCAACGUCCUGUGUCAUUUCUAAAUAGUGUUGGAAUGCCACAAAACCACUCCUCCCAGUACCCGGAUGCUGGUUUCAAGAUAGUGCUGGUGCACAUUUAGUGUCAACUUCACCCACAUGUAGCCUACCACCAACUGCCUUUUCAUUAUCAGCUCUCUCAAGUCCUCUGGUUACAGGUUUGUUUACUGAUUCACAGUAAUCACGCUUUAUUUACGCUGUAGAUGAAUGACGACAAGUCGCUCCAUGAAACUUUUCCUUUUACAUGCAGUUUUAAAAGCUUACAGGGUUGUUAAUCAAGCUCGUCUACACAUUUUUGAUUCACUAUGAUUUUGCUUUGGUUGAAGUCUUGAGAUAGAUUGCGAUAGAGAUGCCUUUAACAAACUGGACUGUGGAAUUUUUAGUCCCACGUGUGAAGGAUGGCGCUCUGGGUCAGUCACUCACUUCAUACCACUUUGCUUCAGUUAUAUGUGAGGAGCAGGCAGACCUCUGGAGGGUGCUAACGGGGACUUAUUUUAGACUUUCUGGAAACAUCUGAAUAACCACAAACUGUCAUUUUAUUUCACCUUAUGAUUAGCUGUAGCCUGAAGCAGGAAAUAGUGAUCCGAUUUCAAUGUUCUCUGGAUGUUUGCAUCAGCUUAGCUGUACUCACAACUGUCUCACAACUGUCUUAACGAUGGCUUAAAAUGGGAGAAUGAAGCUAAUAUUUGCCUUAACGUGUACGUCAGACAUUUCCACGAUUACGCCAUCCCUGUUCUGAAAUGAUCUUGGUUUAACCUGCACGGUUCAGAGAAUUCUCAGACCUUUUCUGUAGAUGUCUUUUAGUUUGAAGGAGCAGUUACUGGAUAGUUGUUACUGGAUCAUCGUAUCUGUGUUGUUCUUGUUUUUUUCCCAUAUUUGUCUUAAUCAUUUUCAGUUUUAGCUUCAUUUGUUGUCUCAUAAUACGUUGGAUAAUCAUGAACUGUAAAGGAAUUUGAUUCACUGUCUAAUCCUAUCAAGCACCCCUAUCAGAAGAAAGAAUAAUUGCAGAAAUCUAUACACAAUAAUGCGCUUUGCUUCUCUUGGUUUCUCAAUGAAAAUGCUCAGUGGGCUUAUCAUCACAUAUUUAUCAGCUCUUAUACUUAAGUUUAACAUAUGUUUUUCUAACAUUUGGUAGGUAACUUCUGGUAUGUUUGAAGGAUUUGAGACUAGCAACAGUUGCUCUGUCUUGGCACAUAUGAACGUUUCCAAGAAAGGAAUAUUUAUUAGCACUGACUAUUGGGAAAAUGAGAAUUGUAAGCCCAGAUUUUGAGCAGUAAAUAUCAUUAAAGGUAAAAAUGUUGGACUCUUAAAGCUCUGGUACACCUACAGAAAUGUUUUGGGUUUCAGAUCUUAUACUCUAAUGAUUCUUCUGUCAGUAUGUAUUUUAAUGGGCUAAGCUAAUGUGCCACGUAGCUCCACCCAAUGUGAGAAAAUGUCUGAUCACUCAAAAUGAUUGAAAACAACUGUUUUGCUCUGGUACUGGAUCUGGAAAUCAAUGAGGCAUGGUUCAAUUAUAUUAAAAGACAAGAGCACAAUGCCCACUCAGACGUAUAACAUAAUUUAUUUGUGUUUUACAGAAUAUCUCAUUCAAAACAGAAAGGUACUGAAACAGUGUUUUAACGAUGGCGGGAUGGAAACAUCCACAUUUAGACACCAUUUAGACCUUAAAAGUAAUCGUUUACAGAACUAAUUCAAGUUAAGGGCUUCCCGUUUACCACUAAUGUAGUAUUGAUCAACUGUACAAGAGGUAUGUAAUCAAACAAACUGCAUCACGGUCAAAAUAUCAGUCUAAUCAGUAUGAAUGAAGAUAAUUGUACCAUACAUGUCAAUGUGUUGUUUUUGGGAAACCAGACCCUUGGUGAACAGGGCCUCUCAAGUGCUAACUGUGAUUUUUGUUUUACUGUUGCAGGAGCGAACUACUGAUGGUGCCUUUCUCAUUUAAAGAGCAGAGUCACUCUGCGUGUAGCGAUCAUUGGUAUUAUGGAGAAAAAAUUAAAAAAAAAACUUGGGCCAGCAGUAUUUUCACAUCUGUAGUUUCACACUGUUGCCACUGCUCAAAGUGCUUUGUUCAGAAUCUUUUGGAUUAAGUUGAUAUCAGAUGCCUUGUUAAAUGUAUCAAGUGUAUCGGCACUGACAUUUUUCCAGACGUGAGAAUUCGGCAUUUUAAAAAUACAGUUUUCCAGGACACCAAUCAAACUGCAUCUAAUGUUGACUGUUUGCAUUCAUGUAUAUUUGAAAGAAUGGCCUGGAUUUUGUUUUCAUCUGUAUGUGCCGCCCAGCAAACUGUUUCUACAAAUUUAAUACUGCUGCCUGUUAUUUGUUGGUACUGGAAAAAACGAUGCCACAGUGGAAAUGUGAAAUCAAACAUUUUGCCUGUUAUGAAUCACUGCGAUUGAUCUACGUAGGAGAACAAAUUUCUUUAUUUAUUGCUUUCUAUGUGUUUGUCCUUUUCUGGGAUUCAUCUUUGCAUUGUUUGUUCGUUCUUUUCACAGCAAAACUCAAAGUAUGGUGAAAGGGAAAUGGAGUAUAUUUUUGCAAUUUUUGAUGGUGGAUGCUUUAUCACAAUGUCAUCCUCUUGAGAAAAGCUUUCAGAAAAAAAAAUGUAUUGUUGUCUCAGUAUAAAUGAAAAAUAAAGCUCUUUUCAAUUCAGCAAA